UGGAUAACUGACUGUGGAGAGAGUUAAAAGACAUCGAGAGUGAGAGAGAGAGGGAGUGCAACGCAAACGUGUGCAAUGACAUUGACAAGACAAGAAGGCGUUCUUUGUCACUGCUGCGACUGCGCUGUCGCUGCAGCAGUUCCUGUUAGUGCUCCCAGAGGCCGUAAGCUAGCAGCGCUGCAAUUGCGACGCAGACUGCGACAGCAGCUAUUAUUAGCGCUGGUGGCGCUAUUCCUCUUUGGCUUCAAUACAGCUGCAACUGAAGGCGAAGAUGAGGAUGGUCCGUAUCGGGGCAAAUAUUUGGGCAAACUGAAUUCGUAUCAUCAUCAGGUGUCCGGUGAUGUGUACGCUGUCAAUGAGUAUACAUUUUUGUUAGUGGGCUUUAAUUACGAUGGCAACGGUGCGGAUACGUUCUUUUGGUCAGGCGCCAGCAAUCGACCAGGUCCGCAAGGUUUCAUAGUGCCCGACGAGUACGGAAAAACCAACAUUUUGGAUCGUUAUCAUAACAAGGACUUUACGCUAACGCUGCCCGAUCGCAAGAAAAUGACUGAGAUCAAGUGGCUGGCGGUCUACGAUCUGAAUAAUCAGAACAACUUUGGCGACGUUUAUAUACCCGAGGAGUUCGAGCCGCCACGCACUCAGAUUGGCGGCACCUUCUCCAAGCGCAACCACAAUGUGAGCAGCAGCAGCAUCGAGAUCUUGGACUCAAAGACUAUUAGGAUUAAGGACUUUACGUACGAUGGGCGUGGCAAGCGCACGUUCUUCUGGACGGGCGUGGGUGCUCAGCCGUCGAGUCGGGGCAGCAAGAUUCCGGACGAGCGGGGCUACCUCGAUCCCAUACGCGCCUACAAUAAGGAAACCAUUAUGCUGGAACUGCCUGGCGACAAGACGAUCUUCGACAUUGAUUGGAUUAGCAUCUAUGACGUGGCCGACAACGAAAACUAUGGUCAUGUUCUCAUACCGGACGGGCUGAAUGUGCCGCCAUCGCUAGUGAAGAUCACGCCGUAUGAGUUCUCGCUGCCCAACUGCCGGCAGCUGCACAAGGAUCUGCAGGUGUCGUGGGAGGUCUUCGGACCGCAGAUUACGUUUCAGCUGUCCGGUCAGGUGGCGAAAACGGAUUACAUGUCCUUUGGCAUCUCAGGCUCCGAUGUAUCUAGUCAAAUGAUUGGUGCCGACGUCGUCGUGGCGUAUAUAGACGACAUCAGGGGCUACACGGUUGACUACAAUAUCACCUCGCUGGCUCCAUGCGUGCAGGUGCUGGGUCAGAAUAAGGGCGUGUGCCGAGAUGACGUCGUAGGCGGCUUGGACAGCUUUCAGCUGAAUACAUACGCCCGCAAGGAUGGCAUCAAUACAAUCAGCUUUAGGCGCACACUAAAGUCAUCCGAUGAUGGAGACAAGGAAAUCUUUCUGGAUCGCAGCAACUAUGUGGUUUGGGCCUUUGGUCAGUUGGACUCCAACAAUGAGCCAGCGUUUCACACAUACUAUCCCAAGAGUGAUAUAAUCAUCGACUUUAACACUACGGAACCUGUGAACGAUUGCUUUAGCUUUACGAAACGUGCGGAAACUCCAGUGCAGAUCUGGGAGCGUGCACGAAUUACGGAUGCAUCCGUGCGCACUUUUAAUGCUUAUCUGGGCCCCUCGGGCGGUCUGCGUGGCUAUCAGGGCAUUACGGGCCAUGUGUCGAGCGGCUUGGCCUGGUACAUCAAUGGCUAUAUGAUACCGGAACUGUAUUUAAAGCGUGGUUUGACGUACACCUUUAAGGUGCGCGGCGGCAACAAUCCGCAUUCGCCGGAGCACUACCAUCCACUGGUCAUAACGGAUGAUCCGCAAGGCGGCUACGAUCGGCUGUCGGAUGCCAAACAGAGCGAAAUUCGUGUACUUGCUGGCGUAGAGUUUACGCGUCGUGGUCGACCCAAGCCCACAGCUGCGGGUCCGCUCUGUUUGUCCCGGUAUCCGGAUCACUACGACCGUCGCUUGGAUGACAAUUUCCCUACAUUCAAGAAAUUCAACCGCAGCUUGAUCAACAUCUGCAGCGACGAGCCGCCGGCGCUGCUCGAGAUUACGCCCAACAUCACGUGGCCCGACACCGUAUACUACAAUUCCUUUACGCACGGCAACAUGGGCUGGAAGAUCCACAUUGUCGACAGCUAUACGAAGUUGCGCAACGCUGGGCAUUCCCUGGCCACAACGUGGCUGACGACACUCACGGCUCUGCUGAUGCCGUUGGCACUGUAAAUGUUGACUGGCUUCCUUGACAGUUUCUGUCGCCCCAAAGGAUACUCUUUUGUAUGUUUUAAUUUUAAUAUAAGUCAAUCAGUCACAAUUUGCAUAUAUAUGUAUAUAUAUGUAUAUGUGUGUAUUUAUGUAUGUUUGCAUGUAUUAUACCUGCCCAUUUAAGCAUAAGUAUUGUAAUUUAUAACUCGUUAAUAAAGGCAGAGUUUCACAUAA